GAAGUACAACUCUUUGGAUUUUGAGUAGCUUUGUGAAAGGUUAGCUAACGCGGGCUAGCCUGAUAUGGAAGAAGAGGGAGCAAGAGGAAGACUGAGGGUCUACCUGAGAAAAGCGGACUGGCUGGGACUAGUUCUGAGGGGUGAUUUCGGGAGAUAACGUUACAUACUGGAAGGAAUGUCCUCCUGGCUUACAACACCACAGAGAUAGCUAAAAUCACGAGACAGCCGCAAUCACUACUAAAAACAUGAAGCUGACAGCUGCGGAGCGCCUGAUAACAACCCGCCACCGUCGAGUUUAGCUCUCCGUGGCUGCAGCUGGACAUUAACGGCGACGGCACCUCGGGAAGCGUUGUAGCCAACGGGAAUCUUUGUUCGCGUUUUUUCCCAUUCUUCUUUUUUUUCCUUCUUCCAUGGGACACAACUGGGCUUUACCUCCGCUCUGCCGUUGUGUUACCGCCGUGACAGCAGCAGUCUUCGGCUGGUAUCGACUGGCCACCGUGGUCCCUGAAUCUUGUGGACUCCUAGCAGCUAAAGUUUUUUGGCUUAUUUGACGGACGCGGCAGUCAUGUUUGCUGUACGAAUCGUCACCGCAGACUACUACCUGACAAGUCCCAUUAAAGACCUGGACGUCUGCUAUUCUGAAUUCAGGGAGAGCGACGUGAAGAAAGUGCCGGUGGUGCGGAUAUUUGGAGCAACACCAGCAGGCCAGAAGACGUGUCUCCACCUCCACGGUGUGUUCCCCUACAUCUACGUGCCGUACGACAACUAUGGGCAGCAGCCAGAGCGCUACCUGCGGCAAGUGGCCUUCAGCAUCGACAGGGCCCUCAACGUCGCCAUGGGAAACCCCACCUCCAACAACCAACAUGUCUUCAAGGUGGUGCUGGUUUCCGGCAUGCCUUACUAUGGUUAUCACGCCAAGGAGAAGCUCUUUAUGAAGAUCUAUUUAUACAAUCCUCAGAUGGUCAAGAGAGUGUGCGAGCUGCUGCAAAGCGGAGCCGUGAUGAACAAGAGUUACCAGCCUCAUGAGGGCCACAUCCCCUACCUGCUGCAGCUUUUCAUAGACUACAACCUGUACGGCAUGAACCUGGUUAACCUGGCAGCUGUCAAGUUUCGAAGCAGCCAGAAAAAAGAUGAAGCAAAGGCAGACCCAGAAGGAUCGGCCUUCAGGAGCAUCAGCCCCUGGAAGAUUCCCUGUACGUCCAAGCUCAACGACAGCACCAUAGGAGGCACAUUCGUCCGCUGGGAGGAGAACGCCAUACCCAGCUCUUUAGUCCUGGAUGAGGUGGAGAGGCAGAGCACCUGUGAGCUGGAGGUUGAUGCUGUUGCUGUGGAUGUUCUCAACCGCCUCGAAAUCGAAAAUCAAAUUGGCAGGAACCCUGGCCUGCAGGCCAUCUGGGAGGAUGAGAAGCAGAGGAGGAGAGAGAAGAACCAGCCCUCCCAGAUUGAAACCCCCGAGUCACAAGAUCGUGGUUUUGUCACCUCAUCAGAGAGUGAGAAAAUCUUCAUGAAGAGAGUCGAGGAGAUCCUCAAGGAGAACGAGUUUGAUGUGACACAAGAUCUGUGUGUUUGUGAUGGGGAGAACCAAGAAGAUUUCCCCGGUGAACUAACACUUCAUUUUGACCCCCUGACCCCAGACGGGCUGCCGUGUACCGCUGCUAACGCUGUGGAGGUGCACAGGGGUCCACAGCCAGACUAUGUGAGGAGCAGUGGGAAAGUCCCAGAGGAGGCUGUCGUUGAUGAGGAGGCCAUCCUGACUCUCCUGGAGAACAGUCAGUCUUUCCUCCCACUCUCCCAGACAUCCAACCACUCGCCCCUGUUAGACAGCAGCCGGGACCAAGCCAUCAUUGACUUGCUGGCAGGCCUGGAGGACGAUGGUUUCUGCAGGACACCCACUAGGCAGAAUUCCCAGUCCCGCUCACUCCCUGGUGUCACGAACUACAACUGCAACAGUGAUGAAGAGGAAGCAGGCCCAGAACUGGACAAGGAAGAGGCAGAACUCAGUGUUAUAAUGUCACAGCGUUGGGACAGCGACCCUCCUGAGAGUGCUUCCUCUCAGAGACCCUGCAUGAAGGAGACAGAAAACUGCUUCAGUGAUGCCCAGCAGGAGUCCUCUGACGAAGACAUGGAGUGGAGUGGAAACAACUCUAUGUUCGCUAACCUGUCCAUCCCGCAGCUCGAUGGCGCCGCAGACGAGAGCAGCGAUUCCUCCUUAACAGAUAGUGGCUCAAUGACGCAGUCUUCGCUUACGGCCACUGAAAAGAUGUUGGGCAAAAGAAAUCCCAUCCCCGGGGAGACGGUCCACCUUGAGCCACCAUCUACAGCUAAGAUCCUUUUGGAGUGCAAGCAUCCUGAGCACAUACCAGUUCAUGUGUUGGACACGGAGCAGCCGCUUGACAAGCACUUUCAGUUAAAAAGCAGUCAGGACAGCAGUAGUGAAUGUUUGACAGGGUUCAAGGUGAAUAAAGAAAUCCCCUACAUCCAGCCAGUCAAGCACCCUAUUCCCUGCAUAUUAGCCAAUCACCCUGAGGUGUCUCCCAUCUGCAUGGACAAAGAAGAACUACGACCUUUGUACACCUAUGAUAAGAAAGCUUCGAUAGCUUUGGAUAAGACGGAUAUUGAAAGUUUCCCAUUUGGUAAUGGAAAGGUCGCCAAGGACAGGAAGAAGUACGGCAGUAUAAAGAAUGUAGAAACAAACUGUCUGUCCAUUCUUCAGAACCACAGGGCCUUUUCUCUCUGUUAUUCUGAGCUGAGAAACUGCUCAGCUAAGACUGACCUGGAACUGAACACAAAAGACAAUAAAAGCCCCCUUCUGAGGAGCAUCGCAUCAGCCCCAUCGACCUUGAAGGAGGACGAGUUUCUUGAUCCUCAUGAGGACGAAAUUGGUAAAGACGGCGAGGAAGGAGAUGUCGGUGAGCUGAAAAUCAGGUACGAGGACUAUCAGGAAAAUAAGACUGAGAGGACUAUUGUUGCCCAGCAGGAGGCACACUACAAGUUUUUCCCCAGUGUCAUUCUCUCCAACUGCCUCAGCAGAAAGAAACCUGGGAACAAGAAAAUGGCUGACACCUGCAGUAAAGUAGAACAGGCCCAACCUCGCAGGUCUAAGCUAAAGAUGAACAAAAAAAGGCUAGGUAUGACAGGACCUAGGAACAAAUUAAAGAUGGUCCAAAGCUCUACCUCUGAUAGCCAGAUUAGCACCGGCAUCACCUCAGUAACACCUGCUAGUCCUGUGACUACGGACACUGAAAUGCUGAUUUCUGAGGAUCAUCAGGAUUUACAAGAGGCCGAGUUGAUCAAAGAGGAAACGAUUGUGAAAAAUGAGUCUGAAAGUGAGGAGAGGUCCAUAGGUGAACAGGCAGAACCACAGCCAGAGCCCCUUGUCUCCAGCUCUGCUACCAAUUCCUGUUUUUCUGAGGAAACUAAAGACUCUACUGAGGAUGUGGUAAGCCCAUUGCAAGAUUUGUCUGCCAAAGUCACCUGUACUAAACCGUCAGCACUGCCAGGUAGUAAAUACACCCUGAGGACCAAACGGAAGAUGAAAUAUGAUUCAGAGGAUGGGGAACACUCAGGUGCUACUCGUUCUAAAAACCUAGCUUCUGUCAAAGAACGACUUAAGGACAAUGAUGGCUUAGGUGGGCAAGAAGUAAAGUAUCAGAGAAGACGCAAAAAGGAACCUCCUAUUAUUAUAAAGUACAUUAUUAUUAACAGGUUCAAGGGAGAGAAAAACAUGCUGGUGAAGAUGUCCAAAGUGAAUGCAGCUGAGCAGUUGGUGGUGUUGACGCCAGACAAGCUAGAGCACUAUAAAAAACUGGCUCCUCUCAAGGAUUUCUGGCCCAAGGUACCAGAAUCCACUGCUGUUAAGUUUCCCGUCACUGAACCAAAAGCCAAAAAACAUCCCAAAAGAAAGGCAAAGGUUAACUCCACAAAUAAAAAGACUAUCAACAACUCCUCCAAACCUCUGAUCAGACAGGGUGAAAGGGUUCAGAGGCCAAAAGGCCGCAAAAAAGCCCCAAUCCUGCCAUCUCUGCCACCCCCUAGACCAUGUUACUGUGAGUUGGCACAUGACUAUGAUGUUGACUAUUCAGAUGUCAUGGUAGAGUUGGGCUACCUCUCAGAUAGAUCCCAAAGCCCGAGAGACUCAACGCCUCCACGCUGUUGGUCCCCAAGUGACCCCCUCAUGAAUACCAGGAGUUCAAAAGAGCUGAUAAAUCCACACAUUGACCCAUGUCUUAGUUCUGCUUUCCAAAAGCCACAUAGAUCGUCUAUAGCCAAAGGAGCACGUAGUAAGUGUCAAACUGCCAAACCCAAGAGACUGUCAGAUGCUAAAAGGAAAACAAGUAAGUCUGCAGAAAAGCCUAAAACUGAGAAGGCAAAACAAGGUAAUACUACUAUUUCGAGGCAGAGGAUCAAAGCUGGAGGUGCUGUCCACAGUUCUACAAGCACUACAAGACCUAGAAGGUCUCGUAAAAAGAAAACAGAGGAACCCAAAAGCCAUGACUUAAGUAAAGAGAGCUCCCAACUCCUUUUCCCAGAGGAUGAGUUGCCUCCUUCUGAGAGCUCUUCACAAGAGGUUCCUCCAUUUCAACAGCAGGUGGGCAAAGACAGCCAGAGCACGUCCCAGACUCCAUCUACACCAGAAAGGAACUCAGUAACCAAGUUUAUCAAGCCAAAGGUUGAAGACUGUGAGACUUCCAUCAUGGAGGUCAACCAAAGCAUUUCGGCACCUGCUCAGACGAAGCAGCAAGCUUGCCAGACCACCGUGGUAAAGGCAGAGGAUUCACAGGAGCAUUGCACAGACUUUCUGCCUCCAGUACAGGAACACAAUAAAGAUGUCCAGCUAAAAGAAGGUCUCCCACACUCAGGCCCCAAGAAUGGGGAGAUACCCCCUCUCUCUGAGACCCCAUCUGGCUUGGCUGUCCUCAAGAAGCUUCUUCAGACGAGGCAGCAGGGACAGCCCCUUCCCAUACAAGUGGUUGGUACAGCAAGCCACUCUACAGCCAUAGCCCAGGCGGCAGCACUUUUAAUUCCCACCACUAAACCCACUAAAUCCAGAAGAGCCCCCACCCUCACUUCUCGGAAACCCAGGGCCCCAAAAUCUACCACAGCAAAAGAAAAAGGGCCGAGAAACAGGAAAGGCAAGACGAGUAGUACUCAGCCAAAUCUGUCAGUAAAGCAGGAGGGCACCAUGUCAGAUGAAUGUCCCCUCUUCCUGUCAGACCCGGGACUGGACAGCUGCAAUUUCAUAGAGGACAGCUUGUCACCAGAGCUCCCGCACAACUACACAUUUGAUAUAAAUGCUAUCGAUCAAACAGAGUUCUCCAGUCCGUACAGUGGCAGUCAGUUUGUCGUGACUGAUAAAAAUUUACCGGUCAAAUUCCUGAGUGACAUCAGCCAGGAUUCUGUAUCUGCUCAGGCGCCGGACUCCGAAAAGACACUUGACAGGCUGCUUUGUUCUGGGGAGGAUCUUCAAAGGGGCUCUGACUGCAACAAAGCAAGGCCGGACAGCCCCGACCUUUUAGAUGGGCACACGAACCGCGAGCCUACAUCAAGCCUCACGUCCCUCAAGAGCAGAGAGUGGGACUUCUCUUUAGGUAAAGCCCACACGCUCAGCCCCUUUCAAGACUUUCACUGUGAGAGGAAAGAGCUGCUCUUUUCAGUUUUUGACUCACUGCCUUUAAGCUCCGCUUCAUUCGUCGACCAUGAGGGCUCACCAACAGGUGAGCUGCCGGAGGGCAUCGACGGACUAACAUCCACCACCCCCAGCAGCUCUCCACGCUCCAUCAGCUCGCUAUCACAGGUGAGGGCAAGCCAGCUGCAGCGGGGGGCAGCGGCCGGAGGAGCCCACAUUCUCAAGCCCCUCAUGUCCCCUCCCAGCCGAGAGGAGAUCCUCAGCACUCUUCUGGACCUGGAGAUGUCAGAGGCCACCUUCCUGGAGCCUUUCUGCAGUGACCCCUCUGAUGCCCCAGGGAAGCCAAUGGAGGUCGGUGGCCGUAAGCUAACAGUGGGCACUCGGCUAGCUCGGGAACUUGCAGAGUUUGGUGGAGACCUGUCUCUGGAAGGCCUCCAUUUCUGGAAGACGGCCUUCUCAGCCAUGACGCACCCCGCCACCACCGUUAUCUCAUCUUGUCAAGGAGCAGAGGCUUCAGAGACAAAUAAACAACAGGCAGAGGGUGACCUAUCCUCAUCCAGCAAUAAGAAGGUGGUGCUUUUGCCCUGCAAAAACCCACCAAGCCGCAAGCGUGUGCAGGUGUGGCUAAAAGCUAGAAAGCAGUAUGAGAGUCUACAAAAAGGCAGGAGAGAGUGUGAGGUGCUGAAGACAGAAAGGGCUGGUCUGGAGGUGGAGGAAGAUGGGAGCUCAGAGAGAAGCGAACUGCCAGCUGCUGACAGACGCUUGAAGGUUGAGCUCUGUGGUAACCUUUCCUGUACCAGAACUCAAAGGAGAAAGAAACAGAGCCUGUCUUUAAUCCUGUCUCCCCUGGAGAAUACAAGAUUGAGGUGUAAAUCCACAGAAGGAAGUCCAGUUUCAGAUCAAGGCAGUAUCUGUCUUGAACAGGAGGACAAAAAUAAAGAGGAUGAUGAUGAUAAAACCACCUGUCCAGAGUCCCCAGAGCUGCCUACAUGGCAGCAGUCCCAUCAACCAAGCCCCUCUGGCCAAGGACAGCUCAGUGAGAACAAGCCAGGUGAAGACUCUCCAGAACCACUAUCACCUAUGCGCUGUAAUUCCCCAGAGCUGCUAAGAGGGAACCACAGUCCCUCACCUCUCGCUGUCAGUGACAGGGACGAGAGGAGAACCAGUCCCCAGCUCGUUCACAGCACCCCUUUCUUAAGGAGGCGAUGGAGAAGCAAAGAAGAUCUGGAUCCAGUGUGCAGCACACCCAUAUCUCAGGAGGAUCCUGUUUCUCAGAGACUCCAGCAGAGGAGGCGGAGCCAGGCAGACCCCCUGAGAAGAGUGUUACUGACCACGCAGAUGAAGAAUCAGUUUGCUGCUUUGAAUGUGCCAAAGAAAGAUAACUCUCAGAUCGAAGGGCCAAGUAUAGCCAACUCCUACGGCUUUAAAGUCAGCAUGCAGAACCUACAGGAUGCCAAAGCUCUGCAUGAGGUCCAGCACCUGACACUGAUGACCAUGGAGCUUCAUGCAAGAACCCGCCGUGACCUCGAACCUGACCCCGAGUUUGAUCCCAUAUGUGCCUUAUUCUACUGCUUCAGUUCAGAUACCCCCCUGCCUGAUGUAGACAACACCCGGCUCACAGGGGCCAUCGUGGUAGAUAAAGACCAUCAACGUUCCGGCCAAGGUGAAGCACGAUGCAGAGGAAGAGCGCCGUUGCUGGUCAGAUCAGGUGUUUCUGGGCUGCAAGUGACAUACGCUGCUGAUGAGAAGAUGCUGUUUGACGUGUUGGUCACCCUCAUGAGGAGAUUUGACCCGGACAUCUUGGUGGGCUACGAGGUGCAGUUGCAUUCUUGGGGCUACCUCCUUCAGCGGUCCUCAGCACUUGGAGUGGAUCUGUGCCAGCAGCUGUCACGAGUGCCAGGUGACUCCAAAGAGAACCGCUUUGCUGCAGAGAGGGAUGAGUACGGAGCCGACACCAUGACAGAGAUCAACAUCAUCGGGCGCAUCACCCUCAACCUGUGGAGGGUGAUGAAAACUGAGGUGACGUUAAACAACUACACUUUUGAAAACGUGGCCUUCCAUGUGCUCCACCAGCGCUUCCCUCUCUACAGUCCCCGCACUCUGUCUGACUGGUUUGACCACAACACAGACUUGUACAGGUGGAAGAUGGUGGAUCACUACGUGAGCCGUGUGCGUGGCUGCAUGCAGCUCCUGCAGCAACAUGACAUCAUUGGCAGAACCAGCGAGCUGGCCAGGCUGUUUGGAAUUCAGUUUUUCCACGUUCUGACCCGAGGAUCACAGUACCGUGUGGAGUCCAUGAUGCUGCGUGUGGCCAAGCCCCUAAACUACGUCCCAGUGACGCCCAGCAUACAGCAGCGUGCCCAGCAGAGGGCUCCACAGUGCAUCCCUCUGGUGAUGGAGCCCGAGUCCCGCUUUUACAGCAACUCUGUGGUCGUGCUGGACUUCCAGUCGCUCUACCCUUCCAUUGUCAUCGCAUACAACUACUGUUUCUCCACCUGCCUCGGCCAUGUGGACAACCUGGGAACGCCCGAUGAGUUUAAGUUUGGCUGCACCUCCCUGCGAGUCCCUCCCGAGCUCCUCUACCAGCUCCGCAACGACAUCACCGUGUCACCUGGUGGCAUCGCCUUCGUUAAGUCUUCAGUGCGUAAAGGUGUCCUGCCCAUGAUGCUGGAGGAAAUCCUCAACACGAGGAUCAUGGUGAAGCAGUCCAUGAAAACCUACAAGCAGGACAAAGCCCUGAUGAAGCUGCUGGACGCACGGCAGCUCGGACUCAAGCUCAUCGCCAACGUCACCUUUGGAUACACCGCUGCUAACUACUCUGGACGAAUGCCCAGUGUAGAGGUUGGAGACAGCAUUGUCCACAAAGCCAGAGAGACCCUGGAGAGAGCCAUCAGGAUGGUCAAUGACACGAAGAAAUGGGGAGCGCGUGUUGUGUACGGAGACACUGACAGCAUGUUUGUUUUACUGAAAGGAGCCACCAAAGAGCAGGCUUUCAAGAUCGGCAAAGAGAUUGCAGAAGCAGUGACUGCAACCAACCCCAAGCCUAUCAAGCUCAAGUUUGAGAAGGUGUACUUGCCCUGCGUUCUGCAGACAAAGAAGCGUUACGUGGGCUACAUGUAUGAGAGCCUCGACCAAAAGGAGCCCGUGUUUGAUGCCAAAGGGAUUGAGACGGUGCGCCGCGACAGCUGCCCUGCUGUUUCCAAGAUUCUGGAGCGUUCCAUCAAGCUGCUGUUUGAGACACGUGACAUUAGCCAGGUGAAGCAGUUUGUGCAGCGUCAGUGUGUGAAGAUUCUGGAUGGCCGGGCAAGCAUGCAGGAUCUGACCUUCGCCAAGGAGUACCGGGGCAGCGGCUCAUACAGACCUGGAGCUUGCAUCCCUGCGCUGGAACUCACCAGACGGAUGAUGGCCUAUGACCGAAGGCUGGAGCCACGUGUGAGUGAGCGGGUGCCCUACGUCAUUGUGUACGGCACACCCGGCGUGCCCCUCAUCCAGCUGGUCCGCCGGCCCACCGAGGUGCUGCAGGACCCCACCCUGCGCCUCAAUGCCACCUACUACAUCACUAAGCAGAUCCUGCCGCCGCUGGCCCGUAUGUUCCAGCUGAUCGGAGUCGACGUGUUCAGCUGGUACCAGGAGCUCCCCAGGAUCCAGAAGGCAUCCUGCUCCUCCGUGGUGGGUGGGGAGGAAGCGGGGAGGAAGGGGACAAUUUCCCAGUACUUCACCACGCUUCACUGCCCUGUGUGUGAUGAGCUGACCCAGCUGGGUGUGUGCUCACGGUGUCGUGCUGAACCUCAGCGAGUCGCUGUUACACUCUACCAGGACAUGAGGCAGUGGGAGAGUCAGCAAGAGCAGUUGCUGAAGAUCUGUAGGAACUGCAGUGGCUGUGCUGAGCGGCAGGUUCCCUGCGUGUCCCUCAACUGUCCCGUCCUCUACAAGCUGUCCCGGGUGAACAGACAACUUUCCAAGGCUCCCUACCUCCGUCAGCUGCUGGAGCAGUUCUGAUUGGCUCCCGAGUCCCGGAGCCACUCACUGAUUUGGUGCUAAUUCCUGGCCUUCCAUCUUAGUGUUUGUCCAUUUGGUCGUAAAAGUUUAAAUGGUGCUUUGAUUGAGCCCUGACGGGUUUUCUCAUUUUGUCUCAAAGUAUUUCUCUGAGUAUGGAGACUGUUUACUUCAUGCCUCCAGUGGAAGAGGCCGUGUGUUCGUUUGCUGCCAUCUCCAUUAGCUGCUAUGGGCCGAAUGAAGCUGAUCUUUUUGAUGACACGGCCACAGACGGCCUGUUGCGGGA